UAACUGCGCAGCGGCGGACCGGAAGGAAGUGGGUGUUAGCUGACUGACGUUAGCAAGCUACAGUUAUAAAGUCUGCUGCGGCUUCUAUGGAAGAGAUGUCAGGAGAGAGUGCGGUGAGCACGGCAGUGCCGGCAGCUUCAAACCGGACUACAUCCUUCAAAGGCUCCAGCCCGAGCUCGAAAUAUGUGAAGCUAAAUGUGGGUGGAGCACUGUACUACACUACAAUGCAGACACUAACCAAACAGGACACCAUGCUCAAAGCCAUGUUCAGCGGCAGGAUGGAGGUCCUCACAGACAGCGAAGGUUGGAUCUUGAUUGAUCGCUGCGGGAAACAUUUUGGAACAAUCCUUAACUACCUUAGAGACGGGGCCGUGCCUCUCCCAGACAGCCGGCGGGAGACCGAGGAGCUGCUCGCUGAGGCCAAGUAUUACCUCGUACAGGGCCUGGCUGAUGAAUGCACCGCGGCCUUGCAGAACAAAGAAAGUUAUGAACCCCUUUGUAAAGUGCCUCUAAUGACAUCAUCUAAGGAGGAGCAGAAGCUUAUUGCAACCUCGAAUAAGCCUACUGUCAAACUGCUGUAUAACCGAAGCAACAACAAAUAUUCAUAUACCAGCAAUUCUGAUGACAACAUGCUGAAAAAUAUUGAGCUGUUUGACAAGCUGUCUCUGCGGUUCAACGGCCGGGUGCUCUUCAUCAAAGAUGUGAUUGGGGAUGAGAUCUGUUGUUGGUCCUUUUAUGGUCAGGGGCGUAAGAUCGCUGAAGUGUGCUGUACCUCCAUUGUUUAUGCCACAGAAAAAAAGCAGACAAAGGUGGAGUUCCCUGAAGCACGAAUCUAUGAGGAGACCCUCAACAUCCUCCUGUAUGAGUCCCAUGAUGGGAGGGGUCCAGACAAUGCCCUGCUGGAGGCCACAGGGGGCGCUGCAGGACGAUCUCAUCAUCUGGAUGAGGACGAUGAGCGAGAUCGAAUCGAGCGAGUUCGUAGGAUUCAUAUCAAACGACCGGACGACCGCACACACCACCACCAGUGACCUUCCUCCUUCCACCCGUCAGCUGUGUCUCUGACCUGGACAGCCUUUGCACCACGCUUGUGCCUUACAUCACCCAGCGCCCUUUCUGUAUCACUUCCACUCUUCUCUUAUUUUAGCAGCUUUUACUCCAGGAGACUCCUUUGAGAUGCGUGUUAUCCAACCAUGUGUGCUGAUGAAGUGAUUUUGUGUUUGUUUGUGUGUCAUCUUCAUUGUCUGACCGGCUGUAUGAAGUGUUUUGUUCUCUGUUUGUUAGUCAUGAUAACUUUUCUCACGGUUUUAUUUUAGUUUGCAGAACCCAUUACACAUGGGUAUUUGCAUCAGGUAUCCAGUUUUAAAUGAUAGUGGAAACAAGAGAUAUUGUAUUGUUGGUAUACAUCUGUUAUUGGAGGUCCUCAUUAGAUCCAAAAGAACAAGAAUUAUAUCAUGUAAGCAACUCAAGAUAAAUGUACUUUUUUUCCCUCUUACCAUGGUUCUGACCGGUCCACUGUAAGAUCACCAGUGGAUUUACCAGGUGGUGUUCACAUUGUAGCCACAUGGUGGCAAUAUUUUACUCUUGAAAACUCCUAAAAAUGUUACCAAGGCUAGUAUGUAGCCUGCAGAUAAUGGCGAUUACAUUUUAAAAUUGUAAUGUUUUGAUAAAUGUAAGAUAUCACAGGUGGAUGCAACAUUUCACUGUAUUGCUUCUGUCACAUUUAGUAUUAACAUGUAUGCAUUUUCCCUUCACUCCACUAAAUGAUGAUUAUGUUCAGUGGAGGAACCUGAGCUGUGACCUUAGGUGUUAAAUGUACUGGGGUGAAUGAUGGAUGCUGAGGUUGAGCUGAAUGACUGUAAUCGGAGAUCUCCCUGGCAGGAAGGGAAUCCUGUCUACACGCUUUUAACAGGGAGCGAAAUUAGACCUGUCCUUCAUCGCCGCAUUCAUCAGAGAAUGUACUGUUUCCACACAAUCAGUUUUAGUUGAAAUAUGUCUAGCAAUCACAGUACUCGUAGGUCUGUUGUACAGAAGUGAACAUAUAUGUAUGUUUUAUAUUUAUACAUACUUUAUCACAAAUAAAUUUCUACAAACA